AUGAAGUGGUGGCUGCAGCUGCUGUUCUUUCCCUGUAUUUCCUUGAUCUGGCACACAGAGGCAGAGUUCUUCACCUCCAUAGGUCAAAUGACUGACUUGAUUUAUGCAGAGAAAGACUUGGUGCAGUCUUUAAAGGAGUAUAUCCGAGCAGAAGAGAGCAAGCUUGCUCAGAUUAAAAGCUGGGCUGAAAAAAUGGAUCUUCUGACUAGCAAAUCAACCUCUGAUCCUGAAGGGUACCUGGCACAUCCUGUCAAUGCGUAUAAGCUGGUGAAGCGUUUGAAUACUGACUGGCUGGAACUGGAAAACCUAGUUCUUCAGGAUACAACAAAUGGCUUUAUUGCAAAUCUUACAAUUCAGCGGCAGUUUUUUCCGACUAAAGAGGAUGAGACUGGAGCAGCAAAGGCUCUGAUGCGCCUGCAGGACACCUACAAACUGGAUCCUGAAACUCUCUCUCGUGGAAAUCUGCCAGGAACAAAGUACAGAUCCACUUUGACAGUAGGUGACUGCUUUGGCAUGGGGAAGACUGCUUACAACGAUGGGGACUACUACCACACAGUGCUCUGGAUGGAGCAAGCCUUGAAACAGCACGACGAGGGGGAGGACACAACAGUCAGCAAAGUGGAGAUCCUGGAUUAUCUCAGCUAUGCUGUUUUUCAGUUUGGGGAUUUACACAGAGCCAUGGAGCUGACCAGACGCCUCAUAUCCCUUGACAGUACCCACGAGCGAGCAGGCAGCAAUCUGCGGUACUUCGAGAAGCUGCUGGAGAAGGAGAGAGAAGAGGAGGAGAAAGAGAAGUCAAACAAGACCAUGCCAACUACAGAACCAGUGGUGCAAAGUGGUGCUUAUGAGAGGCCUCUGGACUACCUGCCAGAGCGUGAUAUCUACGAGGCCCUUUGCAGAGGCGAAGGGGUGAAAAUGACACCUAGAAGACAGAAGAGGCUGUUCUGCAGGUAUCAUGAUGGAAACAGAAACCCUCACCUGCUCAUAGCUCCCUUCAAGGAGGAAGAUGAGUGGGACAGCCCUCACAUUGUCCGAUACUAUGAAGUCAUGUCUGAUGAAGAAAUUGAGAAAAUCAAACAACUAGCCAAGCCAAGGCUGGCACGAGCCACAGUCCGUGAUCCCAAAACUGGUGUCCUCACAGUGGCCAGCUACAGGGUAUCCAAAAGCUCGUGGCUGGAGGAAGAUGAUGAUCCUGUUGUGGCUAAGGUCAAUCAACGAAUGCAGCAGAUCACAGGACUAACAGUGAAAACAGCUGAACUGUUACAGGUUGCCAACUAUGGAAUGGGAGGACAGUAUGAGCCACACUUCGAUUUUUCUAGGAAAGAUGAGCCAGAUGCUUUCAAGCGGUUAGGGACUGGAAAUCGUGUGGCCACUUUUUUAAACUAUAUGAGUGAUGUAGAAGCUGGAGGAGCUACAGUUUUCCCAGAUUUUGGGGCAGCAAUAUGGCCCAAGAAGGGAACAGCAGUGUUUUGGUACAACCUUUUCAGAAGUGGUGAGGGUGAUUACAGAACAAGGCAUGCAGCUUGUCCAGUACUAGUAGGGUGUAAAUGGGUUUCAAACAAAUGGUUCCAUGAAAGAGGAAAUGAAUUCUUAAGACCUUGUGGGAGAACAGAGGUUGACUGA